GCGCUGCGCGCACCCAUGGACGGUCCGGCCAUCAUCACCCAGGUGACCAACCCCAAGGAGGACGAGGCCCGGUCGCCCUGCGCGGGCGAAAAAGCUUCCCAGCGCAGCGUCAGCUUGAAGAAACAGAGGGGUCGUAGCAUCCUCAGCUCCUUCUUCUGCUGCUUCCGAGACUACAAUGUGGAGGCCCCUCCACCCAGCAGCCCCAGUGUGCUUCCGCCACUGGUGGAGGAGAAUGGUGGGCUUCAGAAGGGUGACCAGAGGCAGGUCAUUCCCGUACCAAGCCCGCCAGCUAAAUACCUCCUUCCGGAGGUGACCGUGCUCGACCACGGGAAGAAGUGCGUGGUCAUCGACCUGGACGAAACCCUGGUGCACAGCUCAUUCAAGCCUAUUAGUAAUGCUGAUUUCAUUGUUCCGGUUGAAAUCGAUGGAACUAUACACCAGGUGUAUGUGCUGAAGCGCCCACAUGUGGACGAGUUCCUCCAGAGGAUGGGGCAGCUCUUUGAGUGUGUACUUUUCACUGCCAGUUUGGCUAAGUACGCAGACCCUGUGGCUGACCUCCUGGACCGCUGGGGCGUGUUCCGGGCCCGACUCUUCAGAGAAUCCUGUGUUUUCCAUCGUGGGAACUACGUGAAGGACCUGAGUCGCCUGGGACGGGAGCUGAGCAAAGUGAUCAUUGUGGACAAUUCUCCUGCCUCCUACAUCUUCCAUCCAGAGAAUGCAAUCUUGACUCAGCCACUUAAUAAUGGCAUGACAUUGGCUUCAUCUUUAGUCUCCCUCCUCAUCUGCAAGUGAGACUGACGGACACCACCUCCUGGGAUGGUUAAGGACUCGGUGUGCUGAUAGGUCAGAAGUGCUCAGAACAGUGCUUAGACCUGGCGAGUGCUCAGCAUGCUGCCUCCUUAGCACUGAGUAUUGUAAUGGAGAGGGCUUUUUCUCUCUGCCACUAACUUCAUGGAGCUGGUGCUGCCCUAAGCUUUAUGACCUCUCAGACUCAGGAGGUGACCCCUCAACAGAAGUGUAUCUUCAAUAAAAAUGAAUAAAGCUCUUUAGAAAUGGCUUACCAUCAGACUGUCAGCCCUGCCACCUCAGAGGGAUGUCUGAGAAGCCCACGUAGGCAGGUUCCCUGUGUACAGCCCCCUGGAGUGUAGCCGCUCUGGUGCCUGCUCACCAGGGCAGCACAGCUCACAGAGCAGGAAAGUGGUGCCCUCCACUACUUGCUGGGCACUUCCAGGAAGAAAAGCCAGGCCCACUGGGGACUGCUGCAGGGUCCCCACACCAGGCCCCGUCCGCAUCAUUCUCUGGGAAAGACACCUGCUUCCAAGGCUCAUCCCAAGCCUUCAAUGCAGAUUUCCCACGAAUAAACCUUUACCGCCCGCCUCCUCCCCGAGACAGGGUUUCUCUGUGUAGCUCUGGCUGUCCUGAAACUUGCUCUGUAGCCCAAGCUGGCCUUGAACUCAGAGAUCCUCCUGCCUCUGCCUCCCAGUACUGGGAUUAAAGGCGUGUGCCACCACCACUUGGCCAUACAUCCCUUUUUUAAGUCUAGAAUUCUAUAGCUCUACUUAUUAUAAGGGGGGAAACUACAUUCAAAGGUAAAAAUAAACAGUCAAACUGCCUUACAGUUAAAUACAUUCAUGUUGCCAGGUGUGGUGGUGCACGCCUUUGAUCCCAGCACUUGGAAGGCAGAUGAUCUCCGAGAGUUCGAGGCCAGCCUAGCCCACAUAAAGAGCUUCAGGCUAGCCAUAGCUACAUAAUGAGACCAUUUAAAUAAGUAAAUAAGUUUGUGUUAAUAAGUCAAUCAAAUUCCACUGAUGCACCUGGCAGUUGUCUUCAGCAGAUGCCAUGUGUCUCCUGCUGCCAUAGCUGCCUUCCACACACUGCACUGCCAUUUCCUGUGUUAGCUACUGUAACGCUGUUCACCUUGUCAUCUUGAUGGACUUUCUUGGAUUUGAAUUGUUUAGGUCAGGAUCUAAGGAUGGACCAUGCAUUGCUUCAUUUAAUGUGUCUCCGUUCUAAACAUUUCUUCUCUCCCCAUUGUUUCUUCUCUAUCAUUUAUCCGUGGAAAAUUUACUAAUUUGUCUUACGGGAAUUUUCUAUACCCUGGAUUUGUCUGGUCAUUAGGAAUUAAUGUUCUCAGGCCACCCUUCCUCCUUCAGGCGAGCAAGUAGACUUUCUAUCUGCUAUUUGAUUAGAUCCAGGCUUCCUUUAAAUUUUUCUUUUUUAAUAGUUUUAUUUUUAAUUAACUGCGUGUGAGUGAGAAUAUGCACCUGAGUAUAGUACCUGUGGAAGCCGGAGGAGGGCAUCAGAUCCCCUGGAGCGGCCUGAUGUGGGUGCUGUGCUGGGAACUGAACUCAGGUCCUCUGCAAGAGCAGUACACAGUGCUCUUAGACACCAAACCAUCUCUCUAACCCCUCUUGUUAAUGUUUUAAGAAUUUAUUUUUAUUUACAUCUAUACGUGUGUGUGCUACAUGCUUGCAGUGCCCACAGAAGCCAGAAGGCACAAUGGAUCUCCUGGAGCUGGAGGUAGAGGUGAUCAUGAGCCCCCUCAUGUGGGUGCUGGGAGCCAAACUCAGUUGUCUUAAUAGCGGAGCCGUGUCUCCAGCCCCUUCUCUUUUCUUGUCUAACAAGAAGAUGUCAUAGGUGGGGCUGUUGACAUGGUUCAGUUGAUGGAGCAUUUAACUAGCAUGAGUGAGGCCCUGGGCUCAAUCCCAGGACUGCAAGUAAGUAAGUAAAUUAAUAAAUACUUUUUGGUUUCCCCAGAUUUCUUUUUGACUCUCUUCUGUGAACUCCUAGCUGCUCUCUACUACUACCGCUCCCUCCUCCUCUACCAAAAGCUAAAAGGAGCCUUCUCUUUGCAGAGUUUCCAAAUGCCCUGAAAUUCGACAUUUCCACAUUUACCUGGGUACUGCUAAGCCUGGGCAGGCACUCUUUGCUUCUCUCUGACACACAGCUUGGAGCCGUGACCCUAAGCAGAGCCUGGACUGGCGUGCCCGGAUUGGGCUCUGUGGUUGACGGGUACCCUCUGGGAGGCAUCUGGGGCUCUGACUGGCUGUGAGCUAAUUCAGUGCCAUAAAGAGAGCUUUGAAAACGGGCAGGGAGUGUCCAUCUUUUCUUCGGCAGGAAAGCUAAAGGGGGCAAACUCUCACACACUGGGGCCCUCUGCCUCACUGAGCCAUCUCCCACACCGGUGCCAGCCUGCUUCGGCUCUCGCCCUAACUGGGGAGCGAAGGAAGGAUGAUGGUGACAGUGUCCCCUGGGUCCCGCUCCACUGCCUCCACA